GCCGCAAAUGCGCAGGGCAUUUGUGGAAUCUGUAACACUCCCGCAUAUGGGCGAACUUCUAUUGCGUAGAAAGAGUUUGAGCCAAUGUAAAGGUGUAGCAUUUAUAUAUAAGAGAGGUCGGAGAGUUAGCGGAUAAACGGUAAGAAAAACAAACAAUUGUGCGAACUGGGUAAUAAGUGGGCUUAGGAGGAAUCAUACCAUGUUGUGACUAUCCGUGUAGACGGUUUAUCGGGGAGAAUUGUAGCCAUGAGUUCCUUUUGAAUCUGUAUUGUCCUGUAGUAUAGUGGCAAUGGUGUGUUGGUGUGUGGGCAUUUGAUUUUGGGCGCGCUAAAAAAGGCUGCAACUUCCUAUUAUGGCGGGGGGGCAAUCCAUAAACAGCUCCACUUCCAUUCAUCUAGGGGGGUUGUUUCUGGGUUUCUAGUGGAACCCUAAUAGUGCUAGACUUGGCUAAGUUGCUGUUAGGUGAUCCCUUACAUCGACAAUAAAAAAAAAAAAACUUAUCCUCCACCCAAUUGUAACCAAUACGGAUAUUGUUCCCCCUUGCUGUCUUGGCCACGUAUAAUGCAGGCUUCUUCUAACCGUUUCGGGACUUGGCUACCAACUACCCGACAUUCAUCUUUAAACCAGAAGAUGGCCCAAUAUUUCCUUAUGCUCUUAAUUCCGGUAACCAUGUAUUCUUUAAUUCAUUGUCAUGUUCCCAUGGUAUAAGAAUUUGAAGUGUGCGACGUCUUUUUUUUUAAUAGUACACUGAAAUUCACAUGAGAAGGAGAUACCGUUCCUAAUGAUAUAAUCUCUUAAAUAUUUAAUUUCUAGAUCAUCGAUGGUUAAUUCAAUGAAUUCAAUUGUGAAUUGGGUCAUAUAUCCAAUCCAAGUGUUUUUUUAUGGCAUAUGGGUUGUGACAGCGUACACCGUGUAUGCCUGUUGGUACCCGUUCACAUACAUCCCAGUCAUUGCUUCUGGUCUUUGGUGGAUGUUCUUAACUCCAAUAGCGUUGGCGCUAGAGGUACUAUUCCAUAGUUUACUACUCCCAUUGAAACCAGUUAUGUAUAUCCUUGGAAUUCAACCCAAUAAGUUUGCAGCGGGGUUUUUAAAUAAUUUUGAAUUCUUUGCCGUUACAUUGUAUCAAUACUUGGCGGUUGCUAUCCUAUUUGGGAGUAUCGUUGGAGUUAUUACAGGGGUUAUUUUAUCUGGAAUAUCGUAUCUAAUGACCCCAUCAGCAAGUAAAAUAUUGAAAUACGAUGAAAAGUUGGAUGAAAAGUUGGUAAAACAAUUAUUGUCAAAUAUCCCCAAGGAAAAUGGACCUCUCCCCACAGGCCUUAAGAUUGACAUAAAGUAUGAUACGUCACCGUCUCCACCUCAUAUACAUGUGGUGGAUAAUAAGGAAUUCUCAGGCGAUAAUACCACUACAGGAAUUGACCUUUAUAAGAAUUCAUUGGCACUUACUCAUAGAUCAGAAUCGGAACCUGAUACAAUCAGUACAUUGAAUGAAUUGUUUACGGUGAGAACAGAAGAAUCAGAGUUGACAGAGAGGAAAUCCAUUAAAUCAAGAAAGGUGAAGUGA